AUGGUGCUGGCAGAGGGAUCAGUCACGCUAUUCCUGCUUGGGCUCUGGGCGCACCUGGAACCGGGCCAGAGUUCCCCUGGUCGUCCCUCAUGGCGCUAUGUUUCGUCUGAGGUGGUGAUUCCCAGGAAGGAGCUGCACCAGGGCAAAGGUGUUCAGGUGCCAGGCUGGCUCUCCUACAGCCUGCGUUUUGGGGGCCAAAGACACGUCAUCCGUAUGCGGAGAAAGAAGCUUCAUUGGCCCGGACACCUGCUAAUGAUGACUCAGGAUGACCAAGGAGCCUUGCAGAUGGACUAUCCCUACAUUCCUAUGGACUGCUACUACCUCGGCCACCUGCAGGACAUUCCUCUGUCCACCGUCACCAUUGACACCUGCUAUGGGGGCCUGGAAGGCAUCAUGAAGCUGGAUGACCUUGCCUACGAAAUCAAACCCCUCAGGGACUCGCACAGGUUUGAACACAUCGUUUCUCAGAUAGUGGCCGACUACAACGCCACGGGGCCCAUGUAUACGCUGGAACACAAGGAGGAUAUGGACCCCUUCUUCUCUGAGGUGAACAGCACUGUGGCUCCCAGGUUCUCUGUUAUGAUGUACAGUGCCCAUAAGUUCCGUUUGAAACAUCAUGUUCAAAUUACUAAUGGACUGUUUCAGGUAUUCACCAAUGUGUCAAAAUCCGUCCAAUUUAUAAUGCAUUUGUACAGUGUUGUUGAUAAUCUUUUCAGAACUAUGUAUGCUGAGAUUUAUGUUUCUUACCUAAUCAUAUAUGAUCAAGCAGAUCCGGUACCCUCUGUUGAUGACUUUAGAGUUCCAGGAAGUCCAUUAUUUAAUCUGUAUUCCACUCUGUAUUUUCCAACUCUUUCUCCACAUUCAGGCAUAGUAUUUACGCCAAGUAGGCCACAUGAAAGUGAGUAUCAAGUUGGUGAGUAUUGGAUGUGUAACCGUAAUGCAUUUAACUAUCUUGCAUACCAAGGCAGACAUUAUUUUUCAUUAGGUGUUGUAGUUGCACACCAACAGGCAAGAUUCAUGGGUGUGUGGGUUGACAACCCAUGGUGCAUUUGCAAUAGAAGAGCCACCUGUGUAAUGUACAUAUACCCUCAACUGACUGAUUCCUUUAGCAACUGUACUUUUGCUCAUAUUCAACAUAUAGUUGGGGCAGUUUCUUCAAGAUGCUAUUUCUCAGACAUCGUUGACUACCAUAAUAAAACUCUACUUCAGGAACGUUGUGGAAACCGUAAGAUAGAGGGAGGGGAGAAAUGUGAUUGUGGCUCCUUCAAGCAGUGUCAUGCCAGCAAAUGUUGUAAAGCCAACUGUGAUUUCACACCUGGAAGUGUUUGUGAUAGAGAACAGUGCUGCACAAACUGCACCUACUCCCCUCUUGGGACUCUCUGCAGACCCGUCCAGAACAUAUGCGACCUUCCAGAGUACUGUCGGGGGUCCACCUUCACAUGCCCUGAUGAUUUUUAUUUGCAAGAUGGAACCCCAUGCACUGAAGAGGGCUACUGCUAUCAGGGGAACUGCACUGACCGCAGUAUCCACUGCAAAGAGAUCUUUGGUAAAGAUGCUGAGAAUGGUCACGACAGCUGUUACUGGAUAAAUGAAUUAGGGUUCCGAUUUGGCCAUUGUUCUAGAAAGGAUAUAUUUCGUUUACACACUGGAUGUACUAAAGAAAACAACAAGUGUGGAAAGCUGCAGUGCACCAACGUCACUCGGAUUCCCCAGCUGCAGGAGCACGUUUCAUUCCAUCAGUCUUUAUACGAAGGUGUCUUCUGUUUUGGACUGGAUGAACACCGUGGGAAUGAAGCAAUUGAUGUUGGACAUGUGAGAAACGGUACUCCCUGUGCUAAUGGGCGUUUCUGUUUUAACAGUGAGUGCAAUACGACUUUGGAUAAGUUGAACUAUGACUGUUCCCCUCAGAAGUGCAAUUUCAGAGGAGUUUGCAACAAUAAAAAGAACUGCCACUGCCAUGUGGGCUGGGAUCCCCCGGCGUGCCUAAAUACAGGUUCUGGUGGAAGUUUGGACAGUGGACCGCCUCUUAAAAGAGUGCGUACAAUAAGGUUUAGCAUGGCACCAGUGAUCUAUUGGAGAGUUGUCUUUGCUCGCCUUUAUUGCUUAAUUUUUGCUCUGCUCUUCGGGAUGGCCUCACGAGUACGGACAAUUAUGACUACCACUGUCAAGGAAGAAACAAUUCCUGAGGCAGAGUAA